GGCACUGAAGGAUCGAGUUAGUAAUGAACUUUGACAUGCACAGUUCAGUUAGUCUCUGUUACUCUUUAUUCUUCACCUUGAGCUCAUCCGUCAUUCUGGUCUGAUCAUGGUAACGUCCUCUUCUCCGGGUCGGAUUCCACAUAUGUCGUGGCGCAGCAGGUGUGUUGGUGUUAGCUUCACACCUGUGCGCGUGAGGGGGGGACAGGGAGGGAGAGGGAUACAUACUCACACACAUCCGACUUCAUUCCGUAACAUCGGGAAGCCGGCAAGUGGUUUUCCGUUCGUGUAUUAAUGGAAUUAUACUGACACCUACAAAUAUAUUGAAGGCAACUGUAUUAAUUUACUUCAUGAUCUAGUUUUAAGUUAUUUGGGUUGAUAAUUGCGUUAGGACAAAGACACACACCCCUUCCCUCCAUCCCCCGGCGCUCCCUCAUCCUUCAUCACACCUAUUCCAUGUUAAUUAGUAGUAUAAACAGGUGUUGUGUGUCCUCUGCUGUGUGGAAGGGCAAGGUGUAGCUGAGUGCAUGAGUACAGUACAGUUGCCUUUGUUUCGCAUCAUCCUCCCCCUUCCUCCCCGUCACCUGUCUCUUUGUUUUUUUGUUUUUGUUUUUUAUCUACCUGUCUGUUCUUGCUUUUUUCUGUCUGCUGUAUCUCCCUGUUUCUCUGCCUCGCUUCCCCUUGUUGUCUGUGUUCUUCAUUGGCAACACGGCGGGGUUUCUGAGGGAAGGGAAGGACAGAGGGCAGAGUGAUGGGGACACGUUGCAGCGGUGGUACAGAAGUGACGAGUCUCCACCACUGAUAACACACAAGGAUAAGAACUUCACUAGGGAAAAAAUAUCUCAGUUAAGCAAAAAAAUCCCGGACAAGGAUGAUAAGGAAUGAGAGAGAAGAGAGAAUAGAUCGCAAGGGAACGACCGAGUACUGGAUACCGACCGUGCACCGUAGUUAGGGUUACGUUAGGUUAGGUUAGGCUAGAUGAGGACGACGGUGAUAACGCUGAAGAAUAAUACCACGAUACGGAAUAACAUUGACGAACCUUUCCUUUCCCUCUCUCCCUCCCUCCCGCCCCCUUCCUACCUAUCGCAGUGAGGGUGUUAUGAUGCGUGUCAGGAGGCCACGGUCAGGGUGACGGGCCUUCCUUAGUCUACAGCGUCACGUGAGGGAGGUGGCACGCUCCGUCCUUCCGUCCGUCACACCACACUAACUUAACCCACACAAAGUAAAGGAGCUUAAGGAAUUUAGCUGCCUCACCACCUCCCGUCUUGAGCCUCGUGGCGGUGCAGUGUGUCCCAGCCUCGCCCUCCUCCCCUGUGUAUAUUCUAAGCAAGUUCCUGGCACGCUGGCCUUCUCCGCCGAAGCCAGUGCCGGUGCCGAGCGUUGGGAGACACUGGCACUCUCAGGUCAUUCACCCAGUGGCACCCUCGUCUGGUUUUCAAGGUCUCUCGGCGGACCAGGUGACGCAUUAGGCACCGUUCGCUUGUGUAAUCCUUCGUACGUUCCAUAAUGUUUCGCUCUCUCGCUUUGCUUCUCCGUGGGUGAGUGUGUUUGUGUGUGUGUCGCCAGAGUGCAGGUUUGUGUCCACGGCCUGCCAGUGUAUUGGGGUGUAUUCGGGGUGUCCUUGAGGGGAAUAUGUUGUGUGUAGUAGUGGUAAACAAUAUGCUGCUUUGUAUGUAAGGAAGGAACAGAGAGAGAGAGAGGGAGGGAGAGGGAGAGGGAGAGGGAAUGUGUGUGCACGGUUUGAUGUGUACGUACUUAAGUUCCACGUACACAUACUUACAUAGAGUGGGUAGUGACUUCAUUCUCUUGUCCCUUACUAAUGUGUUUCGUGUCCUUACUUGCGUGUGUGUGUGUGUGUGUGUGUGUGUGUGUGUGGGAAGCCCUAUGUAACUUCAAACUCUUAUUUACAUGCUGUGAGUGUGUUGACUAAUGGGCUUAAAUGCUAAAUAUAAAGCUACAUAAACACGCUUCCCUUACUACGUGAACGCGAAGGGAAUGUUAUCUAACACUGAAAAUGGACAGAGAGAAAAAGAAAUGUUGAACCACUGCCGUGCAUAAAGUGAAUGAAAGAAAUAAAAAAUACAUAUUCAUUUAAAUUCUGGAAGUGUCUACAUUUAUAUUGCCUCACACAGAGAAGAGAGAGAGAGAGAGAGAAAAAAAAAACACGAGGUAAUAUGAAAUGAAACGUGACACUACACGAAACAAAACUGAACCCAAACAAAAGACGAAAGAUAAGAAAACAAAAGAAACGAAAAGAAAAAGAAGCAAGGUGCAGGUAGUUGCUUCGCACGUAGUUAUUUUCAGGGAAGUGGGAGAAGCAAGAAUAAAACAAGAGUAAAGAAAAGAAACAGAAGCGAAACCCACCCACGGAAACAAUUAAAUGCGUCUUAUCCACGUGAGCCUCGUGGUAUUUGAUGGGUUCGUGUUGUUACCUGUGGACUCAACUUUACCUGUCCGUCAGCAGGGAACGUAAUGGGCAGCUGACACACCCAACCCACGACUGCCAGAAUUUUGAGGCCGCGAGGAGACAGCUGCCCGCCUUGCUGCACCUCGUCAUGUGUUAUUGCUCCCGCUGAGUCGCCUACAGAUGCCAGCCAAAAUGGGUGAGGAGUGGGACAUUGACUCAAUCAAGGAGGAGGACUGGGAGGAAAGGGCCGUGUACCUGGUUCCUGACACACCCACUGAGGAGACCUGCCCUAACCAUGCCACGCUCUCCCUCCCACGCAACCUCGUCCUCAAAGCCUCCGGAACCAUUUCAGAUGUCAUGGGCAUCUGGAGCACUGACUACAUCCCCAGGGGCACACGAUUCGGGCCUCUGGUGGGCAAACGCUACGCCAAGGAUGAGGUUCCCAAGACGGCCAACAGGAAAUACUUCUGGCGGGUGGAUCUGGGCCUGGGAAAGCGAGUGGAGGUAUACCGCGGAGACGAGCUCUACUAUUACAUCGACGGUUAUGACACCAGCAGAGCCAACUGGAUGCGUUAUGUGAACCCCGCCUACAGUUCAGACUCCCAGAACCUCAUUGCCUGCCAGUACAAGUCCAACAUUUACUUCUACACCAUCAAGCCGAUUCUGCCCAACCAAGAGCUGCUGGUGUGGUACUGCAAGGAGUUCGCCACCAGACUCAACUACCCGCUCACCGGCGAACAGAUGCUGCUCAAGAUCCGCCAGCAGGUGAGCGAGGUGGAGGUGAAGGACGAGCCGGAGGAGUCAGUGGCCAAGGCUUCUACCACCACCGCCACCACCACGUCCCCAGCACGCUCCGCCUCUGCCGCGUCCCCCACCACGUUCGAGACGCGCCACGGCCAGCUAACCCCCACGGAGGGCUCGGUGCGCUCAGACGAAGGUUAUGACAGCAACGGCUACCACCAGGACUUCAACCUGCCCGAGGACUCUUCGGAUUCCGAGGGGGACAACAACUACGUGCUGGACUUCAGUAAGAAGAGGAAGGAGUCUCCCACGGAGGAGGAGGAGGAAGCGGAGCUGCGCAACGAGUACCGCAAGGUGAAGAUCAAGAUGUCCCGGGCGUACCAUUACCGCUCCAAGUCCACGGGCUCAGACUCCUCAGAGAAGGAAAAGUCUGUGUCGCCGCCACUGGAGCGCCAACAGCCUGCCCCCGCCGAGCCCCAGGUCACGCCCAUGCCUGAGCCCGCGCCGCAGCCCCUGCCGCACCCCGUCCACGCCGCGGCGCCCAAGGCCCCGCCCGCCCUCGCCCACCCACCACAGAAGAGAGAGAUCUCUGAGGACGCCCCCACGCCUCGCCGCACGCCGCCCUACGCUCCGCCGCCGCCGCACUACACACCGCAGUUCAGCGAGCAACAGGCGCAGCGCAUCGACUCCGUCAUGGAGAAGGAGCAGCGGCCGGAGAGCACCCAGGAGGCUGCCAGCCACCCCGUGCGGCGCUACCAGCUGCCCGAGCCACCCCUGCGUCGCUCCCCAGAGGCGCCGCGCCCCGCAGAAGCUAUGCGCUCCGAGCCCCGCCCCGCACAGGUGUUCCCUGACUCCCGCAUGCCUGUGCUGCCCGACACCGCCCUGCAGGGCAUCACCAUCACCAAGCACCACGUGUCCCCCGACACCAGGCAACCGCAGGUCACCGACUCGCGCAUGGGUCUGCCCACAAUGAACCGCUUGCCUCUGGCACAGUCACACGAGGCGCGCCUUCCCCAGGGCCGCCUGCCCCUGCCGCCCAUGUCCAGGCUACCCGGCUUGACCUCUUCCGUGGCCAGCAUGCCGCCACGCCUCCCCGUCAUGCCGCCACAGGACCCCCGCGUGACAGUGGCGCCUGACCCCAGGCUGCCAGUCCCACCCGACACCCGACACCCCGUGCAGCCCGACACGCGGCACCCGGGCCACCAAGAGCCGCGGCACGCCGUGGCGGCGGACACGCGGCUGCCGGUGCCUCCCGACACACAGAUGGGCUCCCCGCGGUCCUCGGGCUCCAUCCUGGAGAACAUCCUGCUACGGCGGCUCGGCGGCAAGGACGAGGCGGACACCACCCAUGUGGCCCCCGCCGCGGCGCCGCGGGACCUGAAGGAGCCCGUGCACAUCGCACUGCCUAGCGACGCGCACUACAAGCCCGACAGCGCCACCAGCACCUCGGGCCCCACUCAGGACUACAGCUACAAGCGGGUUUACUGUAACUCUGACUCCAGCCAGCAGAUCUCACCUGACUCUUCGUCCACACAGAAGCCCGGCUCGGCCUGCUACACCUCACCGCCGCCCCCGCCACAGGUGACCUACUCCACGCAGCCGCCGCCCAACAACCCCGGCUACAGGCCGCCCGUCUCGCAGAUGUUCUCGUCGCCACACUUCAACAUGUACUCGUACAACGGCUACAGCGGCAGCAACGGUAACUUCCCGCCCACCAGUCAGGGCUCCGUGCCCAUGGACCACCGCCUCACCAUCUCCAUCCCCAACAACCAGUCAGGGCAUUCCCCUCCCUCCAGUAACUCCUCCCACUCCUCCCAGGGGUCUCCAUCCUCCCAGGGUUCCUCCUCCCCCACCAACAGCAACAGAGGCUACCGCUCACUGCCCUACCCCCUGCAGAAGAAGGACGGCAAGAUGCAUUACGAGUGCAACGUUUGCUUCAAGACGUUCGGCCAGCUGUCCAACCUGAAGGUGCACCUAAGGACUCACUCCGGCGAGCGGCCCUUCAAGUGCAACGUGUGCAUCAAGAGCUUCACGCAACUGGCGCACCUGCAGAAGCACCAUCUGGUCCACACGGGGGAGAAGCCGCACCAGUGUGACAUCUGCAAGAAAAGGUUCAGCUCCACCUCCAACCUCAAGACACACAUGCGGCUACACUCCGGCCAGAAACCGUACGCGUGUGACCUCUGCCCCGCCAAGUUCACGCAGUUCGUUCACCUCAAGUUACACAAGCGACUGCACACCAACGAGCGGCCCUACACCUGCAACACCUGCAACAAGAAGUACAUCAGUGCCUCGGGGCUCAGGACUCACUGGAAGACCACGUCCUGCAAGCCCUCCAGCCCAGAAGAGGAGUUGGCCGUGGAGCGCUCCCCCACGGGCUCCUCCGGCGGCUACGAGUACUGCCCCUCCAUAGCCUCAGCAGGAAGCAGUUUGGAGACCGCGGACACCAACAGCAUGGACGGCCUGCCCACCUCCCCCCACAGGCACGACAUGCACGACGCCCACGACUACGACCCCAAGAGCCCCUCCUACAUGAUCCCCGAGGAGCUCAUCAAACAGUCCCAGGAAGAGCUGAAGAACUACAACCAGGACAUUAAGUGUGAGACGGACACCAGACCCACCGUGAUUGAAUCCUCCCACCACGCCAUUGAGUGCACGUAGAAAACGGAUCAGUAAGAGAGAGAAAGAGAGAAAACGAGACUUGUGAAACGUACACUCAAGUAAACUAUUUUCUAACACCACCGCACACUAGUAGACUUUUGUAGUGAGCGCUCAUUGUGGUGGUGGUGGUAGUGAGGAGUGAGUAGUGGUGCUGACCCUGAACGCUUGUGAGUGAGUGGGUUGGCUGCUGCUUUCUCUCUCUCUCUCUACGUGGGAAGAAAAGUGUGAAGUGGAGAAGUGUUAGAGUGCAAGACUUGAGUUGAAACAGACACACGCACUUCUUUUUGGUGGAUUUCCUCACAGUCGGGCAUACACAUAUUCCUCUUGCCUCCUCUUUGCUCCUCUCGCUAUCUAUACUCAACGCUGUUAUCUAUACUCAAAGGAAACAACGCUAGGAAGUAUAUAUAUAUAAAAAAAAAAGAAAACAAAAGCAAGCAAAUACGCGCAAAGCAAUUUAUCAAAGUAUACCUUAUAAUUAUUCCCUAACGAGAGAUUGAAAGAAAAUUGAUUCCAUUAUCGGCAUUAUUGAUGAAGCAGCUCACCACCGACCUUUGUUUUGUUCUCUCCCAGUGGCAUUCGCAACAGUAAAGACCCCCGUUUUGUUAUUCAUCGGAAGAGGAGCCCGGGACUGGAGUGGCUGGACCAAGGCGACAUAUCAUAUUAAAAUUAGCACCUUUAGCACUUAACUCUUCCUCCACCGACUGUCAGAGCAUUCGGCAACCUUUAGGGCCUUACGGACUGUUAUAGCACAUUUUAACUUUUAACUUUCGCUCACCCGUGACGAGGCGAAACAAGACGAGACGAGACGAAAGGGAACGAGACGAGACACAAGACAAUAUACGUGCAUAGGUAGUGACUUGUAGUAUUAAAUGAAGUAUUAUUAUUAUUUUAUUGUGUUUUGUGUAUUUUUUCUUCAUUUUGUCAGUUUGCAAUGAAGAGAUUAAAGAAAAGUGGUCAGCAGGGUAGAACGUUCCCUGCUGGCUCUUUAGUUCAGUUAAUGCUCACGGUGGACUGACACACACCCUGAUUUCACUGACUCACUCUCCUGACGUAAUGCUGACUGACUCGAGGCUAACUGACUUGACUGAUUCAGAAAGGUACAAAAUGAAUGACUGUUUACUGACUGGUACACUUGAUGUUUUACUGACUGACACUCACAUGGUGUCAAGCUAUGAUGCUGACACAACACUUGCUGACUCGGUUCACUACAGACUGACUGACUUAUCUGAUGAACAACUGGCUGAUUCAGAUGUUGAUUUGCUGACUGAGGCUAGUGAUGUGUCGACUGACUCACACGAAGACACCUUGACUGAAGAUGAUACUGUGUUGACUGAUUCAGCUGACUGUUAUUUUAUGGAAGACACGUGUUUCGCUGACUCUACUGAUUCGUUGACUGACUUAUCACUUAUUGACUCUGACUCCUUGACUGACUCUGUGAUACCCGACAUAAACUUGACUGAAAUGGUGCUGACUGACGGCCUAACUGCACCUCACACACUACUGACUCAUGGAGACUUAACUGACAACACACUGACUGACAUGACUCACACCAACUUGACUGACAUGACCGAUACACUGAUGACUGACGCAAACCUGACUAACACUCUAUUGACUGAUUCAGCAGACGCCAUGUUGACAGACACAACCCACCAAAUACUGACUGACACACCUUUUACUGACUUGACUGACAAUACUGACGCCUUAUCUGACUCAGCGGCUACCAUGCUGUCCGAUUUGACUGACUUAACCCUGCUGACUGAAACUGAGGACAUGGACUACGCGAAAUUGACUGAAUCACAUCACUUGCUACUGAGUUACAGAGACAGUGCAGUUUAUGACUCAGAUGACACUUACUCACUGAAAGAUGCUGAUGAUGACGAUGAUGACGGUCGACUGAGUGAUAUAACGGACACUCUACUGACUGAAAAUUAUUACAAUGACUUGACUGACCUUGACGAGUCUUUACUGAAUGAAAGUGACAAGGACGAGUGUGAUUUGGAUGAUGUUUCACUGACUUCUUAUUUACUGACUGAGAUGGAUGACAUUUCACUGACUGAUAGUUUGACUGAAAUGACUGAAACUUCACUGACUGAUGGUUUGUUGACUGAAAUGACUGAAACCUUACUGACUGAACUGGACGACUUUUCCUUGACUGAGCCUAUUGACUCUUCACUCACUGACUUGACUGACUCUUUACUGACUGCUGAUGGUGACUCUUUACUGACUGAAAUGACUGAUGACUCACUGCUUAACACGCAUGACUCUCUACUGACUGACAUGAGUGACUCUUUACUGACUACUGAUGAUUUAUUGACUGAAAUGGAUGAGAGUUUACUGAAUGAUGACUCUGAAAAUAUGUUGACUGACGCUACUGAUAAUUUAGGAAGUAGAAUGACUGAAUUUGACUGACUGAUAAACGUAAAUUCCACUAAAACGACUCACUUACUGACACAUUGACUGAAAUGCAUUAAACUGACUUGCUGACUAGAGUAUGAAUCUUACAUUGACUGACUCGCUUAGAUUAAUUCAGACUGACAUGCUGACUUCCACAAGACAUUCGACUGACUCAGUAAAUAGUACUUUAUGACCAUUGAUGACACUUAACUGACUAUAAAAAAGAAUUGAUAGAAUGAAACACUAUUACUGAAUUAAGAGUGAUAGCUGACUGACUGACUGACUAACUGACUGAAAGAUACAAUACUGACUGACUGUGAGUUUAGUAUUGACUGAUUGACUGAAUACGAUGACUGAUACUGCAUUUGAAUAGCACAACGUUGACUGACUGACUGACUGACUGACCGACCGACCGACUGGCAUUAUACCUUGACUAAACUAAACCAAAUGUUGACUGAUACUAAAUUUGACUGGCAUUAAGCUGACUGACUGACUGACUGACUUACUGACUGACUGGCACCAAAAACAACCUACUUACGUAUACUAUAUUGACUGAUCCUAAAAACUGACUGGCAUUAUAUUGACUGACUGCAUUUAAACUGACUGACUGAGGCUAUACAGACUGAUUUGACUGACACACAGACUGACAGUUACUGAAAGUACAGGUACAGGUGCAGGUGACUUGACUGAAUAAUACGUGACUGAAUUAACAACAACAACAACAACAACGAAAGUGUCUGAAUCAGUUUAAUAAUUCGUCGUAAAACCUUUAGUUGUAUUUUUCUUUUUCUUUUCUUUUUUUUUUUCCUUUUCGUUAGUUAAGAUUUUUUUUUUCAAUGAAUUUAGUUUUGCUCAAUUUUUAGUGGCAAUUAUUCGUGUUGUGUUUAUUUUUCGGAUAUUUUUUUUUUCUUUUUUUAAGUAAUUAAUUUUUAACGCCGUUUGUUCUGACAGAAUUCGGUCCAGCGACUCCUCGGCUCCGCUUUUAUUCAUCUAGGACUUUAUUAUUAUUAUUAUUAUUAUUAUUAUUAUUAUUAUUAUUAUUAUUAUGGCAGUAAGUUUCCCCCAGUGGUUAUUACUAGUUUGAAUGGCGCAGGUUCUCUCUGGCAGUGAUGAUGCGCCACACUGUCUCCUCUGCUGCAGCGGUUGUUCUCUUACACGGCGAGGCAAGGAUUGAUUCUCUCACCGCAUCAUCACCGCCUCAACCCUUUCACUGACUCACAAUCCCACAAUCUCACUGAACUGGCUCAAAUCCACACUAAUCAUGUUGUUAUUAAAUUUGACUGGCCUUUCUUUAUUCUAACUUCUUCAUUACCAGGUACAAGGAAAUUAUUUUAACUGUAUCAUGGAUGUUAUCAGACUUAUCAGAUGACGCCACCCCCCUCCCCUCUGUCCCCCCUCCCCUCUGUCAGUGAAAGGGUUAAGGCAGACGUGAGAAACCCCGCACCUUUACCGUAAUAAGCUGACUAGUUACUGUCAUAAUGAUUUAUAGUUGACUCCUUAUUUCUUUCCACUUUUCUGCUCAACGUUCCAGUGACCUGAAGUGGCCUUGUCUCUACCGUCCAUAGCUGUGACCUCACUCACCCCUCCCCCCAACCUCUCGCCCGGGGCAGGAGAAUUCGUACCCCUUUUUAGAAACUUGUACAUUCGGCUCGCAAAUCAAAAUGCAUUGCUGAUUUUCGUCUCGGUGCAAACUUCGGCUGUAAGAAACAUUAUUUUUUUUUUUUUCUAACUCUUGAAUUGUUCUGCCAAGCGCCCGAGGCAAACAGGAAGCCGUGAGAUUACAACAGAAACAUUUGUGAAUCUCGGCUUAACUGAUAGCAAAGUUUCUGCAAUGUUACCUUCGUUUCGGUGCAGACUUUGGCAACCUGAAGCAUCGUCCAUUAACACCCUAACGAAGAGGAUGUACGUAUGACACAGCCGGAAAUAUUGAAGGGUGAAGAAUGAGUGCAUUGUUGCCUCCGGAGCCGAAUGUCAAGGAUGGUGCCGAAGUGUCCCUCCAAACCCUCCAGCAGAACUCCAGUGUGCAACCCGCAUUUAUUGACCAGGUAUCGGGUCGGGUUCCGGGGUCGCUUGGGGCUUGGUGGAGAGCAGGAGGGCAGGCGGCGGGGCGGAGGGAAGGGGUGGGCGCCGCUUGGUACGGUGACUACAGUAAAGAGGCGCCCUUCACCCUGCCUUCCCUCCGCCCACCGCCGCCCCUUCCUUCCCUUCAUCCUCGUGUAUAAAAUGUAAAGUUCAAAUUAUGUAAAUGAUGUACAUACACACACACUUAAUUUAUUCAUCUGUUUCCAAGAGGGAAUCAUUAAUGACUGUGAUUUUUGAGCGUUUUAUUAUUAUUCUGUUUAUUUCUUCUUUUAUCGAUAUAUAUUGUAUACUGCUACUGUUAUAUAGUCUCGGUUUUAUAUAUAUCUAUAUUUUUUUGUUCUCUCACUCUUUCCUUUGUGACUGUCCUUUAUAGAUUUGUGUCAUCCAUUGGUAUAUCAUAUUUGUGUUUAUCUGGCAGCAGCUUCCCUUGUCUCCUCCCCCGCAUAGUGUCCUUUUGUCAGUCCUGAGGUUUAUGAGGCGAGGAUUGCUUUUCAUUAUUGAUCUAUUAAAUUUUGUCUGUUAGUGUGAGAUUGUUCUCCGUCAAGACAUUCACAUCUCAUAGACCUAAAGUUAUAGACUGAACUUUGAAAUCAACCAACAUUCGUUCAUCAUAUUUGUAACGAGUAUUUGUACAAACAUAAUUAUUAUUAUUCCUGUCAUAUGAAGUUACCAGUUCUUAUUAAUUGAUGUUUGUGAACUUCUAACUCAACCAUUUUGGCGAGAAUCCUUAACAGUUGUUCAUUUGUACAGAAAUCUUGAAUGGUGAAAAAAGCAUUCAGUCUUCUUUGGUAGCAACAAUUUUAGUUCAUGAAAGUGCCUAAAUAUAACAGACAUUCUAUUCUCAAACAUUCUAUAAGGAACUCAAUUCAAACCAAACCAUUCCCAGUUCAUAAACCUCAAGUGUAAACAAAAGACGAGUUAAUUUUUCCUGUUUUCGGCAGCUUCCUUCUUCCUGAGUAAAAAGACCAACACAUGUCUGGUCUUUCUACUUUGCCUCUCUCUCUCUGCCCUCCCUCCCUCCCUCCCUCCCUCCCGCCGGCCGCCGCCACGCAGCAACACGCCCCACACAGCCAGUACAAACCCAUGUCGUGUCGUUGGUUCUCUUUCAUUAAUAAUUGAAAGAAGACAGGGGCAUGAUGUCUAGUUGGCGAUGUUGCUGUUGCUAUCAUUAUUAUUAUUAUUAUUAUUAUUAUUAUUAUUAUUAUUAUUAUUAUUAUUAUUAUUCGUUGUUGCUCCGUUUUUUUUUUUUUUUUUUCUUGUCCCAUAUCAAAGACUUAGAUUAAAUGAAUAGGAAAGGAAGUGAAGUGUUUACUCUUAUUAUUAUUAUUAUUAUUAUUAUUAUUAUUGUAGUUUUAUUCCCUGAUCUCAGUUUCGCGGCACAGGCCAUUGUAAUAUUUUUUCCCCUGUACGAGAACACUAGAAUCUUUCAUAUUUAUAAUGUUCUCCACUUGUGCUGCCGAUAUUGUUAUUAUUAUUAUUAUUAUUAUUAUUAUUAUUAUUAUUAUUAUUAUUAUUAUUAUUAUUAUUAUUGUUAUUAUUUCUACCGUCAUCAUCGUUAUCUCUUACUUUGUUUCCUUCAUACGUAAAGGUAGCAAUGACGACUAAUGAUAAUGAUAAUAAUGACAUACCUAAUGGAAGUGAUAACAUUUUAGCCUUGUUAUAUUUUCCCUGUGUUUUUUUCCCUUAAUUUAAUUGUUUUAACGGACUUGUACAAAUUGGUUAGCGUCUCUUUGUUCCCUUCCUCCCUUCCCCUCAAGGAGUACUACAGUAGGGCGUCGGCAAAGAUUACUAGGAGACAGUUAGGUAAAGCUACGUUGUCUGUGUCAGGAGGAAAAGAAACGGUAGGCACUUCUAUUUUUCUUGGGUUUGUCUUCUUUUUUUCUCUCUGUUGACAAUUGACAGCGUGAGAACGGAAGGAUAGUGUUAAACUGGAUUAUAUUUAUUUUUAUAUGCAAGCCCCAUCUUCCAUCAGCCUCAGACUCCUGCUCAUUCUAGUUGGCAUUAAAGAUAAACAAACGCAGACUGUGUUUUCCCUGCGUGUCUUCAGUAUUAACGUUUCAAACUCGCGUGGAUCAAACACAAACAAAACGUCGCCAUUUUGACUCAACUCAGGACGGGGUUGGUUGCUCUUGCGACGGAAAAAAUGGAAAAGUAUUGAUACUAAUUCGUCUAAUCUCCAAUUCUUCCCUCCCCGCCGCCUCGUCCAAAGCUGAUGUGACCUUUGUAACCUUUUUUUUUUUCUAAUUAAUAUCAUAUUGAUAUUAUAAUGGUGGAAGGUGCUGGCGUUACUCUAUUUUCAUCUCGUAACAAACUCACGAGACCAGAUGAUGUAUAACAAGAGAUAUUAAAUAAAACUCAAAAUAAA